AUGCUGUUCUCCAAGCUCUUUUCUCUUGCCUCUAUUGCCGGCUUGAGCGCUGCUCUUCCUCACGUUGAACGUCAAGCCGCCAGCGGUGGGGUCCUUAUUGUCAACAAUCUCAAUAUCCCUGUCUACGCGUGGUCUGUGUCGGAUACUGUCAGUCCCAUGUAUACUCUUCCUGCUGGCGGCGGAUCCUACACGGAGCAGUGGCGCACAAACUCCAAUGGCGGCGGCAUCUCGAUCAAGCUCGCUACCGACCCAACCCAAGCGGAUGUCCUUCAGUUUGAAUACACCGAGGCUGGGGACACCAUUUUCUGGGAUAUGAGUGCUAUCAACCUCGGUCUUGACUCCGUCUUCACCGAUUACGGUUUCUUUGUCGCACCCAGUGCCGCUGACUCCACCUGCCCUGCGGUCAACUGUCAGGCCGGUGACAAGGCUUGUUCGGAUGCCUACCUCCAGCCCACCGAUGACCAUGCGACUCACGGAUGUCCCAUUAACACCUUCCUGACCCUGAGCCUGGGCAAUUAG